ACUGAAGGAUCUAAAAUGGUGGCCGUCGACGAGUGAUUAGAACCAAUUGGAACUCCCCCCACGUUUCCGAGUGAUUUUGACGUUUUAGCGGUAUUCUGUGCGUAGUUGGUCGAUUAAGUAGUCUUCGAGUCGAACUCUCGAGUGAAUCUGCAGUUAUUUCCAUCCUUGAAUGGAUAAAAGUGUCGGGAUGAGCCAACCGAAGAGAAAUAAGGACAACGCGAAUAAGGACAUCUCGGAGAUUUCUAAAGAUGUCUCGAAGGAAGCGAAAAGUCUCAUCGAUAAAAUUCUCGGUGAUGUCAGCAAGACGUCGGCUACCAAACAGAUCAUCAUUGGCACCACUUCAGGAUGGGCCACUGGCUUUUUGGCGAUGAAAGUAGGUAAAGUCGUAGCAUUUUCGGUUGGCGGUGGUAUUAUCAUGCUCCAAGUAGCGGCUAAUCAAGGCUAUAUCAAAAUCAAUUGGAACAAAAUCCAGGAGAAAGCUGAAAAACUCUCGGACAAGGUCGAGGAGAAAAUAACUGGUGAAGGGCCCAACUUCAUGAGUAAGGCCGAGAGAUUCGUGGACAAGAAGCUGGAUAAAGCCGAACAGCUGGUGAAGAAUGGCCAGGCGAAGACACGCCGCUGGUAUCACUCCCUGACAGGGGAGGAGGUAUUCAGAGCCCGGGAGAUCCACUUCUUCCUCGCUUCCUUCGCCGCUGGUAUCGCCAUUGGCUUUGCAUCCGCCAACUAGGUAAUGGAUUGCUGCACCUCGAGUGUCAGCAAGCAACCCAGCGUACGUGACAUCCCCGUGGAUCCAGUGACAAUUAAACGCAAUGACUACAUCGAGGAGAUGAUUGACGAACUCAAAGUCAAGAUCAUCGAGAUGAGACAAUUGUUCACUGAUUACAUGGAGUCUCUGCCCUUCUAAAUGGCUGGUGUCAGAAAACGCUGGACUUGCUGACCUCUCAUCAGGUGAAUUAACUCAUCAAUUUUUCAUCUCGACUGCUCAAUAACAAUACUACAUAAAAAUCAAAAACAUUUAUUAUGCCGGUCUGUUCCUGAGCUUUUGAUUUGUUCGUUCACUGAUGAGAGUGAUUAUCCUCGAGAUGCAGCAAUUCUCCUAGAUAUACUCACGUUAGAUCACUAGUGGAGUAAUCUCUUACUAUUAAAGUCAUCGUUGAGGCACAUUAACACAAUCUAGAGGAAAAAUUAUGGAGGUUGUACUUAUUUUAUUUAUUUUCGGGGAUCAGCUUCACUCGACAGCUUCAACAUUUUUAUGAAGACCAUUCAUAAAUAAGAUGUUUUUUAUCAUCAUUUUUUCGGAUUUUUUUUUUCGUGAUAAAAAUACACUGCAAAGCCUCAAUUAUUUACUAUUAAUGUUCAUAUUGAUGAAAGUAAUUUUCAUUCUUUAUACGAUGAUGGAAAAUCUGAAUCUAGAUGUAUUCGUGAAGAUAGUGAAAACUGUCAGAUGAACCUACCCCAUCUCCAGAAUUUUCUCCUCCGAUAAAUUUUCAAUUGGACUGAUUUUUUUUUUGAGAUUCUUUUGUACUCGUCAACUAAAAUCACUCGAGUCCCUAGUCAACACUUCUGAACAAAUUGUACCAAGUACAUGCUCCUAAUCUUUCUACUCGAAUAUUUCGGAGCGAUUUUCACUAGUAGCUUAUUCGUAUGCGGAUUCAGUGUAAAAUAUAUCGAUGUAGACUUAAAGAAUGUUGAAUAGUGUGUUAAUUCAGAUUAAUCAUGAACUGUACGAGAUUUAGGGGAGGACGCGAGAGGGGUAAUUAUUAAAAUGCUUUAUGAAUUUGAAAA